AAAAAAAGGAAGGAAAGUAAAAAGGGAAAAAAACAGGAUUGGGUUUUUAAUGUUUUGAAACGUGCAUUGUUUAUGUCUUUCUCAGAAUUAUUUUUAAAUUAGAAAAUUAACAUCAUUGAAAUAUUUAGAACUUAGAAAACUUAGAAAGAAAGAAAAAAUGCGUUUUGCGAAUGACUUUAUGUACGACGUAUUUCGUACUUUUGAUUAAUUGCACAAGCGACAAGGACAAACUUGGUGAACAAAAUUUAUUGAAUCAUGGAUUUAUAUGAAAAUCAUGACGAUGGCCCUGGUUUCGUUGGAAUCAAAUUUUGUAAAGAAUGUAACAAUAUGUUGUAUCCAAAGGAAGAUAAAGAAAACAGGAUAUUGUUGUAUGCUUGUAGAAAUUGUGAUUACCAAGAAGAAGCCACCAACCCAUGUAUCUACGUCAACAAAAUCACUCAUGAAGUCGAUGAGCUAACCCAAAUCAUUGGAGACGUAAUAGCAGACCCAACCUUGCCCCGCACUGAGGACCACCCUUGUCCCAAAUGUUCCCACAAAGAGUCCGUUUUCUUUCAGUCUCACAGUACCAAAGCCGAGGAAGGGAUGCGGCUCUACUACGUCUGCACCAAUUCACAAUGUAUUCAUCGAUGGACGGAGUAGACUUUGAAGAUCAUAGCUCAUGGACAUUUUAUUCUUAUACCUGUACAAUUCAUGGACAUUAGUACCCAUUACAUUUCUCUCAUAACAAAGUAAAUCAUUUUCUAUUGUAUCAAGAUUCACAUUUGAUCCCCCGCCCCCCCAAGUUGCAGAUAGCAUGAAGAAGUUGAGUUUUUCAAAUCAAAAUGAUUUGAUAAUAAAACAAUAAUCUUAUGUACAGAA